UACCCCUCCCCGUGCGGCUGCAGAGAAAAGGCCCACGCUCAGUGCCUCUCCCCCGUGUGGGUUCCCCUCUCAGGCGGAGCCCCUAGUCCGUCCCUCACUUAACUCCCCCGCACAGACGCCGGGUAAAGGGGCUCCCCCUGGCCACGUCGUGAGGAGGGGCUGGGGCCCUAAGGAAGGCCUGGGGGGAGGUGAGGCAGGACAGGAGGGGCCACACCCGAAGCCCCAGCUUCUGAGGGGAUCCAGGGAUUGCGCUCCGCCCAGCGCCCCAACAGGCCCUCGGGUGGCAACCUGCUCACUCGCUCUCCAUCUCCCUCCCUCCCUCUCCCCAAUCCGGGUGAGGAGAAGCGAGGAGGCGGUCGCCCCGCAGGAGCCCUAUGUAAAUCCUGGUGUUGGGUGGGGAGGGGGGGGGGAAGAGAAGAAGGGGAAAUAAACCUCUUUGGCUGGAGUAGGGUCCGGGUGAGCAGAUUUCCUUAUCCGGGAAUCGCAGGCGGGGCGGCCAUUGGCUCCGAGGAUCACGUGGGCCCCUAACUUUGUUCACUUGACAGUAAGUAGGAGGGCUUUCGGAAACAGGAAAACGAGUCAGGGGUCGGAAUAAAUUUUAGUAUAUUUUGUGGACAAUUCCCAGAAAUUAAUGGCUAUGAGUUCUUUUUUGAUCAACUCAAACUAUGUCGACCCCAAGUUCCCUCCGUGCGAGGAAUAUUCACAGAGCGAUUACCUACCCAGCGACCACUCGCCGGGGUACUACGCCGGCGGCCAGAGGCGAGAGAGCAGCUUCCAGCCGGAGGCGGGCUUCGGGCGGCGCUCCGCGUGCACCGUGCAGCGCUACGCGGCCUGCCGGGACCCUGGGCCCCCGCCGCCUCCGCCGCCGCCCCCGCCGCCCCCGCCACCGCCCGGGCUGUCCCCUCGGGCUCCCGCUCCGCCGCCCUCUGGGGCCCUCCUCCCGGAGCCCGGCCAGCGCUGCGAGGCGGUCAGCAGCAGCCCCCCGCCGCCUCCCUGCGCUCAGAACCCCCUGCACCCCAGCCCGUCCCACUCCGCGUGCAAAGAGCCCAUCGUCUACCCCUGGAUGCGCAAAGUUCACGUGAGCACGGUAAAUCCCAAUUACGCCGGCGGGGAGCCCAAGCGCUCUCGGACCGCCUACACUCGCCAGCAGGUCUUGGAGCUGGAGAAAGAAUUUCACUACAACCGCUACCUGACGCGGCGCCGGAGGGUGGAGAUCGCCCACGCUCUCUGCCUCUCUGAACGCCAGAUUAAGAUUUGGUUCCAGAACCGGCGAAUGAAGUGGAAAAAAGACCACAAGUUGCCCAACACCAAGAUCCGCUCGGGUGGCACCGCAGGCGCAGCCGGAGGGCCCCCUGGCCGGCCCAACGGAGGCCCCCCCGCGCUCUAGUGUCCCCCACGUGGGAGCCGCGAACCUCGGGGCGGGGGUGGGUUGCGAGUGCGGGGGGGGCGGUUGGGGGAGACGCGGGAGGGGACCCUGAGGCCUGGGUCCGAAAAAGCCUACCUGCUCUCCCCCCACUUUGUCUAUUUACACGAAUAAAUGCAGAGGAGGGGGGAGGGGAAGCUUUAUUUAUAGAAAUGACAAUAUGGAGCCAGGCGAGGCCCCCCAGAAGCAAGGUUCAAGUCUCUUGCUUUCUUCCUUAAAAAAAAGAAGGAAGAAAGAAAAAGACAGAAAGAGAAAUAGGAGGAGGCUGCACUCCUCAUUUUCAGCUUUGGUGAAGAUGGAUCCACGUUUCAUCUUUAAUCACGCCAGGCCCAGGCCCAUCUGUCUUGUUUACUCUGCCGAGGAGAGGACGGGCCUCGGUGGCGACCAUUACCUCGACACCCCGCUAACAAAUGAGGCCCGGCUCGGCCGCCGCCGCCGCCGCCUCUGCUGCUGCCGCUGCUGGAAGACAGUCUGGAUAUUUUUUCUUUGUCCCCAUUCCUGAAACCCAGCGAAAGCAUCCUCUGACUGCCAGAUAGCGCAGUGUUUUGGCCACGGUAACAAACACACGCACACAACCUCUCUCCCCCUCCGUGCCCGUUCACGGGGACGCUGGCGGCUCACCCCCUUCCACUGCGGGGCUGGGGUAGGGACCACAGGAAGGGGACAAGUGGAGGCGGGCGGGGGGAUGCGUGCCUCGGCUACGCAGAAGCAGGGCAGGGAAAUUGAGUCCAAGAGAAGGAGAGGACCCAGAGACCAGGAGGGCCUUCCUCUGGAAGGUCAAGCCGUGCCUGCAGGGGUGAGGGGCCAGUUGCGUUCUGGGAGCCGGGCACAACCCUCUGGCCAAUCUGGAGUUGUACAGUGGAGGCCUGUUCUAGACUGAAAGUGAAUGUGAAACUAGGAAAUAAAAUGCCCUUCCCACCUGGGAGAUGAGGUGACAGAGACCUCUCCCAUAGUUUAUCAUUGUUGCAUUGAUUAUUAUUAUUAUUAAUUAUUUUAUGUCAUGUGCGUCCUCUCUCCUAUGCUCUUUCUGACAUUCCAAACCAGGACCCUUCUUAGUUCUGGGGCUGCCUGAGUCUAGAACCCUUUGUUGGCGUGAAAAUGUGUGUCCUGUACAGAGUGACAAUAGAAAUAAAUGUUUGGUUUCUUGUGACCAGCA